AUGCUUUCUGACGCAGUUUCUGCAGCAAUCGACUGGACUGGUCAAGGGAUUUCCUGGGUGAAUCAGGAGUAUCCAUCUCUGACGAUAGCAGUUACCUCUGCUUGUGCUUUGGUUUUAUGGAGAAUUUGGCGGUUCACAAUAUUGCCUUCGUAUUAUCCUAACAAUCCGAAGGAACUGCCAUACUGGAUUCCUUGUAGAAAUUACUACAACAACAUCCAAGAUCCGUUCGCUCUGACCAUUGCUAAUUCUCUCAUCUACGUCAUCACUAAACCCCAAGAUGUCGCUGAAGCGUACCGCAACACUGACACUCUCUCCUUCAACGAGUUUGUGCAAGCCAUGAUGCGGGCCUGCGGGAACACGGAAUCGUGCGUAAAGUCAAUGUACAAGCCUCUGUCCAAGGACAAGCCCGGGUUCCCCAAUCCGCAUGGCAAACCGCUGGCGACCCUGGCGCGCCAGAUGCAUAUCCACCAGUUUGAUCUUCCAGCCGCUAAGGAAGAUGAGGGCAUUGUCCUGCCAUUGAUGCAGUGGUGCUCUGAUUAUUUCACCAGGGCCGGCCAGCGGGCGUAUUUUGGGCCGGCGUUGGACGGGAUCGACCCCAAGCUCCCGCAGACGUUUAUUGUUUUCGACGAGUUGAGCUGGCAGGUUCUGUAUCAGUAUCCUGAUUUCCUGGCGGGGGAGAUGAAAUCCGCGCGCAAUGCAAUACAGUGUGCGUUGAAGAAGUAUAUCCAACUGCCUCAGGAGACAAGGCAGGGUGAUGCAUGGUUCACAAAGGCGAUGGAGAACGAGAUGCGCGCGCUGGGGAUCAGCGAGGAUGACAUUGCGACGAUGCUUGUGACGAUAUACUGGGGGAUCAACACCAACACGCGCAAAGCAGCGUUCUGGUUACUCACCUACAUCCUUCACUACGGGCCUGAGCACUACGUCGACAUCAUCCGGCAAGAGACGCUGCCUGCCUUCUCGCCUGACAAGUCGAUCCCCGAUCUGGACUACCUACACGACAACUGCCCUCACCUCGACGCCAUGUGGAACGAAACGAUCCGCCUCUCUGCGUACUCUGCCUCCGUGCGCUUUGUGACGUCCGAUACCAUCAUCGGCGGCAAGAUCCUGCGCAAGGGAAACAGACUCAUGAUUCCCUACCGGCAACUGCACUUUGACGAGAGCAUCUUCGGCGUGGACUAUCCCGUAGAGGAGUUCCGACACGAGCGGUUCAUGCAGAAGGGGCGGAAUUUGACCCGCAGCGACAAUUGGCGGCCGUUCGGGGGCGGGACGACGCAGUGUCCUGGUCGAUAUGUCGCCAAGCGGUUUGUGUUGUUGUUUGUUGCGAUGCUCUUGCGGCGGUUUGAUGUGGAGCUGGUGACGAAAAGGAUCCCCGCGGCUGAGGAGGGGAAGCCUGUGCUGGGGAUUAUGUCAAUUAAGGAUGGGGAGGAUGUGUUGGUGAGAGUGAGACCGAGAGUGAUCUAG